AUAGUUUGGCAGACCUCUGACGACGGCGCGCCCAGGAGUUCCAAGAGACGCUAGAAACAUCUCAAUCAGAGUGAUGAUGUCAGGCUGGUGUAACUACGUCGCAACCUCAACUUUUCUCCUUUUAUUAAUUGUACAGAUAUGCCAUGUGGAAUCAAGAAAUUUAAGGAUAGAGAAGCGAUUUACACGGAAAGAUGUAUGCAACGAAACGAUUAAAACAGGAAAAAUAGUUCAAUUCUGCCCAGAAGAUGUAGAGUCUACAAGGAUGAGAUCAAGAGAAAGAAGGUGUGAAGAUAUGCAUGAUUCUUGUUCCAAAGACGCUUUAGUAUAUCACUGUGUGCGGUUUGGAAACAAACUAAUUGAAGUCUGUGCUCCAAGGAAUUUUAUCACAGGAAAAUGCUGCGUUCAGUUCAACGGGGGAUUAGGUCGUAUUGUAGAGGAUUACAGUGUUGCCUGUUCAGAAUGUCCUUUUCAUUACUAUUCAAAUGAAUCGAUAACGUAUCCAUCUUGUUUUCAAUCAAUUAAGUCUAUAGCUGUUCCUGAGAGCACUAUCCAACCAACUGUUGAGGUAACAUCUAAAUCCUCAAAUUCUUCAUCUAUAGCACCUAUAAGAAAAAAAUGCAGGUCUGCCACAGGUCGUCGUAAACGCCACCUCAAAAACAAAUGUGAAAUAGCAACAACCACUGUUUAUUUUAUUCAAUCGAAUAAGACAAACACAACUACCAAUAAAAAUACAAGUCGCAUGAAUGAUGUUGAUUUUACAAUGGUGAUUGUCACUCUAACUGCGUUCAUUAUAUUUGGAGUCGGUGCAGUGUUGAUCAUUUGUAAAGGGGUUCCUAAAGUGAAAUUAUUUUAUAUGAAAUAUAGCACUGAUCAGGUCAGAUUUAAAAGUAGGAAGUAUAACUCCAGUCGUCAUGAUAUUUGUUACAAACAAGCAAGAAACGACGAACCUGUCCAAAUUUCAACAACAAAUGUUCUCUAUGACAAAGAGAAUAAAUAAAAUGUAAAUAGUCACUUGGAUGAACGAUUUGGAACCGCUUCAUUGAACCAAGGCCAGGGGCCCAUUUUUUUUUAUGUUUUAUUUAAUUUUAUUCAACAUAUUUUGAAGAGAUCCUUUUAUUUUUAAUUGAGCAAUCUCUUAUCAUUGAUAUGGAUCGGGGCAAAAAACUUAUAUGAGAAAACUUUAUUUUUUAAAUGCACAUGAUAAUUAUAUUACAGGGGGAAAAAUCUUACAGACGUAAAAGUUUUGAGAUUUGAAAGAAAAGUAUUUUGAUCAGAAUAGAGAUUUUUAAUGGUGAUUUAUUUAACAUAUAAUGUAUAUCGGUAUGUAGUACUGCAGGUAAUAAGAAAUUGAAAAACAUAUUUUCAUAUUCAUUAAUUUAUUAAAUUAUGAAUUGUAUUCAUGUUGCUUGGAAGCGUGUAUAAUUUUGUAUCUGUGCAAGGGCCGAUCAGAAAUUAUUGAGAUAGUAUGUAUUCUUUCUUUCUUUCAGUAUGUAUAUUUUUUAAUGAACGUCUUUCGUUUGACAACUACUAACAAUUAUUGAAAGCUUCUUUCCAAUGGUAUAUUAAUGUGUCAAAGGUAGGUACAAGGUGCAGUCACGAAAUCAUAUAUUGAAAAUAUGUAACUGUGAAGUUCAACCUCACUGUAUACCCAUAGCAAGAGUGAAAAUAAUUCAGUUUUAGUACUAUACAAUUUUUCACUCACAUUUUCACUUCAUUUUGUACAACUUUGUUCGUGUACAUUAUGAUCAGAAAUAUGUAUCUGCGUAUUUUUUAUACUUGAUGAAGAGAAAUCUUGUAACGAAGACAAAAUGGAUUUUGACGUCAAGGCUGUGAAGCGAGUAUACCUAAUUUUCUUACAUGUAUCUCUAUGGAAAACACUUUUCAGACUCAACGACCACCUAAAACAAUUACAAUUCGAAAAAAAACAUUCAUGAGUUUUUUUUUUUAUUUUCAUUAGAGUAUUAUUUCUCUUACAAAGCGAAAGUAAAAACAGAAGCUCAGAACGAUAAUCAAUUAUUACGGGUUAAAAACAUGUAACCUUGACCCUUGUUGCAUAUUUCGGUACUGCAAUCAUAUCAUAAUUGUUGAGGUGUUUUUCUUUUGA